AUGAUCUUCAGCGGUUAUAUACUUUCAAAUUAUGCUAAUGCGAAUUCUUUUAUGCGCCAUUAUUCUGAUGUGAAUUAUGUCGACAAUGUAUUUCUAUUAAUUUGUGGAUCUCCAGAGUUAACGACUCAGAACAUUUAUGCGAUUCCUCGAAUCAGCUCUGUACAUACAAAAGGUGACUGCCUCAAAAUUGAGGCUCCUACGUUAAAUGGAAGGUUGUCUAUCGUCUUCCGACAAGGUGACAGUUGCUCUCAGUUUUUUUUGCAGUAUUUACAAUUAAUUCUUAUUUGA